AUGGUGGUGGUGGAUAACAAGUGCCCUAUGUGCCCAAUCAUCGACAUUCAUUUGAAGUGUGGAAGCUUUCCUCAGGCUCUGGUCAACCCGAGGCUGCUCAAGGUGAUAGGCGUCGAUGAUUGUGUUAUUAACAGCGGGUUGCCAUUGGCACCUCUGCAGACAUUUUCCUUCAAUUAUUCUCACCAAAAGUAUCUCAUGUAUCCAAAAAUCUGGUCUUUUCAAUGUGAGUGA